AUGAAGUCCCAGGCAACCAUCAUUUGCUGUUUAGCAUUAUUUCUGGCCACAGAAUGUUUCCACUAUAGAUCAAAAAUUCACAUAAAAGAUGGACAUGAAUAUCAAAGACCUGAAAGAAAAUUUGGAAGGACACAAGAGAAAUGCCAGGGACCCUGCACGACUUCCUACUGCACUCAGUCCUGUGCCAAACACUUUCGUGGAGAAAUAGGAUUUGUGUGUAAUCAAAAUAAGUGGCAAAAAUCAACUGAAACAUGUACAAGCCUUUCUGUGGAAACACUCUUUCAGACUGCAAAUGGUGCAUCACGUGUUUCAGUAGCAGCAGCAUCUGUACCUAUGCCCAAUCUUAGCUUUCUAGCUCCAGAGCCUAUCAACAAUGUAGCUCAAGGAAUUCGAAAGAACUGCCCACUUGAUUAUGCCUGCAUAAUUGAUGCUGUGAAAUCUUCAGAAGCUACGUCUGGAAAUAUUGCAUUUAUAGUGGAGUUAUUAAAAAAUAUUUCUAUAAAUUUGUCUGAUAAUGUUAACCGAGAGAAAAUGAAGAGUUAUAGUGAAGUGGCCAACCACAUCCUCGACACAGCAGCCAUUUCAAAUUGGGCUUUCAUUCCCGACAAAAAUGCCAGCUCGGAUUUGUUGCAAUCAGUGAAUUUGUUUGCCAGGCAACUCCACCUCUACAAUGAAUCUGAGAACAUCGUGGAUGAGCUCUUCAUUCAGGCAAAAGGUUUCCGUAUCAACCACAAUACCUCAGAGAAACAUUUUAUUUUCUUCAUGAAUUUGAAAAAUACCACAGAAGGUAUCUCAGGAAUGAUAGAAAUUCCCAGGCAGGAACUAUGGAAGCUGCAGGACACAUCCAAAGCCAUUAGUAUAGCUUUUCCCACUUUGGGGGCCAUUCUGAAAGAAACCCACUUGCAAAAUGUGAGUCUUCCCAGGCCAGUGAAUGGUCUGGUACUAUCAGUGGUUUUACCAGAAAACUUGAAGCAAAUCAUACUCACUUUUGAGAAAAUCAACAAAUCUCGGAAUGCUAGGGCCCAGUGUGUUGGCUGGCACUUCAGAAAAAGAAGGUGGGAUGAAAAUGCAUGUGUAAUGAUACGGGAUAUCAAGAAUGAAGUGAGAUGCCACUGUAACUCUAGCAAUGCAGUGAUGUCCUUUUCCAUUCUAAUGUCUCCUAAAUCAAUAACUGACAAAGUCCUGGAAUACAUCACCUGCAUUGGGCUCAGUAUUUCCAUCCUCAGCUUGGUUCUUUGCCUGAUCAUUGAAGCCAUGGUGUGGUCCCGGGUAGUUGUGACGGAGAUUUCAUACAUGCGCCACGUAUGCAUUGUGAACAUAGCUGUGUCGCUCCUGACUGCUAACGUGUGUUUCAUCAUAGCCUCUAACUUUAACAGCAAGGCCCAGGACUAUAACUUGUGUGUUGCAGUGACAUUUUUUAGCCACUUUUUCUACCUCUCUCUGUUUUUCUGGAUGCUCUUCAAAGCGCUGCUCAUUAUCUAUGGAAUAUUGGUCGUUUUCCGUAGGAUGAUGAAAUCUCACAUGAUGGCCAUUGGCUUUGCCAUUGGCUAUGGGUGCCCACUGGUUAUUGCUGUCACCACAGUUGCCAUCACAGAGCCAGGAAAAGGCUAUGUAAGACUGGAGGCAUGUUGGCUUAACUGGGACAAUACCAAAGCCCUUUUAGCAUUUGUCAUCCCUGCCUUGGUCAUUGUGGCCAUUAAUCUCCUUGUGGUUUUGAUUGUUGCUGUCACCACUCAGAGACCCUCUAUUGGCAGUUCCAAAUCUCAAGAUGUGGCCAUAAUUAUGAGGAUUAGCAAAAAUGUUGCCAUCCUUACCCCAUUGCUGGGACUGACCUGGGGUUUUGGAAUAAUCACUCUCAUUGAAGAUAUUCCCUUGAUGUUCCAUAUAAUCUUUGCUGUACUCAAUGCUUUCCAGGGGUUCUUCAUCUUGCUGUUUGGAACCAUUAUGGAUCACAAGAUAAGAGAUGCUUUGAGAAUGAGCAUGACUUCACUGAAGGGCAAACCAAAGGCAGCAGAGAAUCCAUCAUUAAGCCCAACCAAUGGAUCUAAACUAAUGAAUCAUUGA